UUCAAAGUUGAAAGUCAAGCAGUACUGCGGCUGUGCAGUAUGGCGGUGCUAGUGGGACACAGAGCAAUAAUGCAAGCUUUCCAUGUACAGGCAGCGGGUCGGAACAGCUCGAGCAGGCUGGCAAAUGUCCUUUCCUGCUUCAGACACUCUUGGAAAGUGUCCGGGGGGCACGGAGCAGUCACCCGACCGUACAGCUCCGACUCGAAGGAUGAUGUGCGCGUCAGAUACCUGGACGGAGAAGACAAGUGUUCAGGUAUUGUUGUUGUUGGGAUGAAUCGGCCCAAAGCCAAAAAUGCCAUAAGCAGAAACCUUGUCAAAAUGAUGUCUGAGGCUGUGGAGGACAUCAAGAAGAAUAACAAAGUGCGCAGUGUCAUCUUUUGCAGUUUGGUUCCUGGUAUCUUCUGCGCAGGUGCAGACCUGAAGGAGAGGGCUAAGAUGCAACAGUCUGAAGUGGGUGCGUUUGUAUCCAAAGCAAGAGCCCUCAUCACAGAGCUGGGUAACCUGCCAGUGCCAACAAUCGCUGCAAUAGAUGGCGCUGCCUUAGGAGGAGGCUUGGAAAUGGCCCUUGCUUGUGACAUCAGAAUUGCCUCAAAUACGGCAAAAAUGGGACUCGUUGAGACUAAACUUGCAAUUAUUCCUGGAGGAGGUGGCACACAGCGUCUCCCUAGGGCAAUUGGUAUGUCUCUUGCUAAGGAACUCAUCUUUGCUGCCCGGGUAGUGGAUGGAACAGAGGCUUGCCGCCUGGGUCUCGUCAGUCAUUCUGUAGAGCAGAAUAAUAGUGCCGAUGCUGCCUAUCUACGAGCUUUAGAACUUGCCCGUGAGAUCAACCCUCAGGGUCCAAUUGCAGUAAGGAUGGCAAAACUGGCUAUCAACCAGGGGAUAGAGGUGGAUUUAUCUACAGGUCUGGCAAUUGAAGAGGCAUGCUAUGCCCAGGUGAUCCCAACUAAAGACCGACUGGAAGGUUUGGCCGCUUUCAAGGAAAAGAGGCGUCCUCACUACAAGGGAGAGUGAAGUCCUUAAAACAAUCAAGAGUUCUGCCUUCAGGUCUUCUGUUGUCCCUCUGCUUCCAACAUAUUUAUGGGUGAAACUGUACACUACAACACAUUAAACUGUACAGUACCCAGAGAAUGUCUGUUUAACAGCAGAACAUUGGGGUUCAUCAUGGCUGGUGUUUUUGUCACUAACUAAGUGAUUACAGUGUGAAGUACUUGAUAGGUGUACUAACAAACUGUUUCAGAAUUUGCAAAGAUCAAGUAAACUAACAAAGGACUGGCCAUUGUGUAUAACAUGCAAACAACAAAAUAUAAAACAAUAAUUCUUUGAAAUGGUUAAUUCGACUGGCUGAAUUUCCAUAAAGCUCUGUGAAUCCCACACAAAUAUGAUGCAUCAUAAUAAGGUUUAUUGUUUUUUUCUUUUGAUAGAAAUAUACUCCUGUGUUCAGAAGCAUUAGAGGUACGUGCAUGAAAUCUUAACACAGACAGUCUGUCAGGUUUUCAAUAAUAAAACACUCGAAAUGCAUUAAUUCAGCCAUUAAUCAAAGACUUGAGUCAUCAAAAUGAUUUUGAGGUGACUACAUUGGAAGAAGAAUGGUAUGUUUGUCUAAAGCUACAUCUGUCUAUAGUGCAGAUGGAAAUAUCAGUAGAUUUAGGGAUUUGAAUGACUAUUUUCAUGCAUCUCCCAUCUUUUGGAGUUGCUAGUAAUUAAGAUGUUUGCAAAGAAUUGAAAAUUGAAGUGUGUGUUCAGUGAGGCUCUCCUCAAAACUCUUAAGAAAUGUAGUGUACCCUUUAAAGUACAUGAUACAAAUUGUUUUUAAAUUUUGGAAAAGACCUGCUCUUAAGCAGGACAACUUUGGAAAGCUGACUGAAAUAACUGAAAGAUCACUCUUCCCCAGAGCUUUCAACCGGACUCUGCAGUUUUCAACAGUGGAUAGAGCUUGUUCAGUUGACACUUGAUAGCUAUUUGCUCAAGGAGACUGACCAUUAAUAUAGAUCAUUAGAUUUAAUCAUAGAGCCCUAGAAAAAGCUAGGAAGUGAAGCUGGAGCUUUUUCUCCAGAUAUGUAAUAUUCAUUUUUUAAACACAUAUUUGCCUCAGAGGUCCAAACUAGUACACACAAGAAAUAAAUAGAAUGGGAUCUUUCAGGACUUCAGAGACUCUGUGCUUUUCAAUAACAUGGGCCAGUCUUAGCUGUAUCCACAGAUAAAAAUGGUCAUUGUCAUAAGUCAUUUUCAUGAAAUAUCUCUGAGUUGCCUUUUUUUCUGUACAAUGUGUUGUAGUCUUCACAGAUGCUUUUGCAAUCCAGUAUCAAGACUCAAAAUGCCUUUGUGAAACUGUUGAAUGACUCGAGAAGUGAAGUGAGGCCAUGUCACACAGUGAAAUAAAAGUGCUCUCACAGAAA